GAUAGCACGACAGUGCCAUUAAUGCCACCACUAAUACACAACUAUAAAAGUCGUCGAAUAGCAAUAAUAAAUAGAAACAGUGAUAGAUUUGUGCAUUUAAUACCGUUCGUUAGUUGCGUUCCAAUUGACUGAGGGUCCCAGUGAGUUAUCGGCACUUGCAGCCCAAGCGGAAGCUGGUCGAAAAGGUGUUUAAACUUUGCGUGCGCAUUUCGACACCUUUGUCAACGCUGAUUCUUAUUUGGUGGACCGACGACCAGAGCAUACGCACACAUACAUAAACGCCAGCAGAAGUGUGUGGAAGGGGCAGACAAACAACGGUGCGAUAACAACAACAAUCGGCGGUGAUCGCGGCGAGAAAUGGAAAUGGCCAACAACAUGGUCGGCAAUAACAGCAGUAGCAGCGGCGGCAGCAACAACACCUACGGGAACAGCUACAACAACACAACGGCGGCGGACAGCGGUCACAGUUCGUUGGGGGGCGGGGGCGGUAGUGGCGAGGCGGUGCGACUACGGGACGUUUGCAGCAUGCUUAACGCUGGCGCCACCGGCUACCAAAUUCCAACAGGUGGUUGUGCCUACGACCACAUCAUUGCCCUGAUGCGAAACUUAGAUCUCCAGGACGACGGGAUUGUGUUGAACUCCAAGAUCAAGACCAUCGAGACAGACUACUGCAACAUCGUGCGCGACGAGUCGAUGCUGUGCGAAUCCAUGGAGUACCUGAAUGACAAGGCGCUCGGCGAUGGCGACACGGCGCUGAAGUUCGCCCUGCUCUUCUCGUCGCGAAACUUCGACGCUCUGGCCAUGAAGGAGACGAAGGUGCGCAGCGCAAUGCUCAAGAUCCUGGAAACAAACUUCCUCAACGCAGAUACGUAUCGCAUGCACGACAAGAACCGCCUGUACAAUUCAAUCACACUGCUGGGCGAGUACUACCACAGGGUGCGGCUGGCGGAUAAUGCCCCGAUCACCAUUCUGGGUGAAUCCCUGCUGGAUCUGCUCACCCGUGAGUUGAACGACACUUCAGUGGUGCUGGGUACUCGGAUAGCCCGCCUGGUGCUCUCACAGAUCACGCUGAACGGUGAAAUCAUGCGAAAACGUCACAAGGCAGAGAUCGAUCUGCUGCUCUUCCACGUCCGCCGUCAUUUGAUCAUGCAGCCCGCGCUGACCGCCAAAGUGAAGGCCAUGCUGCUAAUGGUGCUGGACCUCUUCUACAGUCACUUUAAGCACAUUGGGCACGAUCUGGAGGCCAUGUACACAGAUUUCUUGGUUGUGGAGGACGGCGAGGAGGAUGGGGUAAACAACAAUGGAUCCGGCCCCCAGCAUCCCGCUGAAGAUGGCCGAGCGCAUCAGCAGCAGCUACAGCAUCAGCAGUCGGAGAACGGCAGCAGUGCCAACACCUCCGUCCAGGAUCAGGAUUCCUUCGAACCGCCGUCAACGACAAAGAAGUGGAGCGAGCAGGUGUGCGAAGACUCCUUCUGCGACAUCGGCUAUGGCGAGGCUGAUCAAGGGAACGAUAGGUAUUCUGAGGCUGAAGGUAACACUUACCCAGCCAGCAACUCCAUCGCACUUGGUCACCGACGUCGUGGAUUCCAACCUCGCCAAGCACCUCGGCCUCUCAAGCAUCAGUCACAGCCUCAUCAGCAGCACCAACAGCCACCCAGCUUAGACGCCAACUCCGACCAGUAUCCAUCCAUGGCCAGCAGCGAGGACCGCGACGAGAGCAAGCCGCUGCCCAGCUGGCGGAAGACCCGCUUUAACCGCAACCAUGACGGCGACCAGAGCAACGGACGGUCGCGCGACCAGCAGCGGAGGUACAGCGUGAGCCUCGACGAUGAUCAUCACAGCGUGCGCAGCGAAGGAGGCGGCAACCUGCGACUUUACAGCAUCCACGACCGGAGGAAACACUCGCAGGAGCGGAUCGAGCGCAACAUGACUGGCGGCGGCAACUACAAUAGCAUCGUCAACUCGAAUUGGGAUCAGCGCGAUCGCGAUGAUCGCAGCGAGCGCUCUUACAUCAGUAACUACGAGCGCGGAAACAACUACAAGAGGGGUGGUCGGUUUAACAACCGCAACACUUACGACAAGCCUCCGCGAUUCCAAAAGCAACAACAGCAGCAGCAACAGAUGCAGCAGCAACAUCAGGGCGGCCACCAGAAAAUACACAGUGAUACCUGGCGUCGUUCGAACAACGCCAUAAACAACGGCUACCAAGAUGAAAACUGUGCAUACAACUCCAACGGCCCCGAGUCAAAUAGUCGCAGCUCCUCAAGGGCUCGCACUCUGCCAAGACCGCCAAAGUCUCAAAUGGAUAAGUCUGGCGGCUACCGGUAUAACCAGAGUCCCACGCAUGGAGGCGGCGGAGGUCCGAGAUUUCCGCGCUACAGUAGCCAGAGCAGCUUGGCCAGCGAAGCGUCCAGCUCGUUUGACCGUCGUCAACAGACUUCACCGCAGCACCAACAUCAGCGGCAUCGCCACUUCACGCGCCGCUCCCAGCCGGACAUCCAUCAGCCGCAAAACGAGGACAACUGGCAGGAUCGUGGUGGCCAGCGCCAGGAACAACCGCCCUCGGGAAAGGAGGAGAGCGAGUUGGUGCGAAAUGCCCAGCAGACCACCAAGUACAUGAACUAUCUGUCUGCCCAGAAAUGAAACAAGCCACUACAUUGUUUUCAGGGCGUUAAAAUACAAUUGUAAACUAGUUAAUAUAGUUUAAAGAGAGUCAUCCCUCAGCCACUUCCACAUAUACUAAAAAUGUUUCUCAAGUCUGUUUAAAUUUUUCUUGUUGUCUCCUAAAUUGUUUGUCGUAUAUGUAUCCUUUUGUAUCCAAUUAGACUGUUUUUUUUCAACUGAGCUCAAAUGUCAAACCAAAUCACCCGAUUAAGCCCAAUAGCAAACAAGAUCAAACUCAAAACCAAGGCUCAAUUAGCAAACAAACAAUACAAACAUGCAUGCAUUGCUCAUAGGAUCCGAUCAAUUUGUAAAUACCAAUUAUAUCUGUAAACGUCUUAUGUAGUCAUAUACAAACACACCACAUAAACACACCCACUCAAAACACAGUCAUAUCCUCAUUUUUAUAUUUAUAUAUACAAGCUGUUUAGAAACUAAGUACAAAGUCAAUGAAACAACAAAAAAAUCCUAUUUCUAUUGAAAAGUAAAGCCUGUUGGUUAAAUGUUACAAGCAUGUUGCGCAUAUAAAUUUGUAUUUUAGCUAAAUAUAUACAUAUAUAUUAAAUGUCAUGUUACAGUGCAGAUUCAUCAGAUUUAUUAAGCAAAUAUACAAGCUAAACGUAUUUUUAAAGAACAUUUUGUGAGGCACUUUGUUGGAACAACAAAGCCAAGCCGGCGUGCAGGAAGAUAUAUGAAUUGUAGAAUUAUACGAAAAGUCUUAUAUAAAUACUUAAACCCCUUUUGUUUAAGCAUAAUCAUUAUGUUCACAACAUGCGUAGGUUCAAAACACUAAUCAGAAUAUAAAUAGAGCUAACACAUUUUUAAUACAAAAAUAUAACAUACAGAUGAAGAAAUAA